AUGUUCCAGUUCCACAAGGAUGAAACUGCGAGAAGCAUCGAGUGGAAUCCAUUGGGGUUCCAGUUUAUCGAGGCUUGGAGUUUCCCUAACGUAAAUGAGGUGUCAUCUUGGAACUUUCGCUAUGGAUGCUUGGAAAACUCGCAACUCAAAGCAUGGCUGCAACAGACGGGAGACUUCUCGGUCCCUAAUUACCCCCUUUCUGAAGAGCCGAAUGGGGGGAUUAGAUUACUGAUAUGCAACUACACUUUAUUCGAGCGCGCCUCGCUCGGAAUGUCCCCCGAGCAGUACGGUUUAGUGGAAGCAAUGCUUGGACUUCAUCCAGCCACCCUAUCAGCCCUUGAAGUAAGUGGUGGGGUCUUCUCGCGUUACUCCAGGUCUACAGGGCAGCAGGGAGAUCGAACAUCUAUUAUCCUCAAAGCCCCUCAGAAGUACGAGAUCGCCAAUUACAUGCUUUCUCUCACGCAUGAUACUACAUCACAAUGGACCACAGCUCUCCUCGCGGGCGAAGACAUCAUCAAUCGAUUUCCAUCAAUGGAUGACUAUGGUUCCGAACUGCCAUUCAGAUGUCAAUUCCCCGGCAGAACUAUCCAGACCAGUCUUGCCCAGUCUCCUGAAAUGUGGACCAAUCCUCUCACAUUGCCAUGCAUCGUUCUCACCGAUCACCUGAAGCGAUUACAACAAUAUUGCGCAGGACCUCUGACCCAACAGGUCAUGGUGAUCGAAGAGCAUCUUGGCGUCACCACAGUGGGCCGGAGGAACCAGGUGCCACGUUUUCGGGGGUCAGCAAAUAGAAGGCUUCAAUCUAAAGAUGCAGAUGUUUUAAACUUGGGAAUACCCGUUGAUAGAUCCCAGACGCAUUUUCUUACGGUUUCCAUUAACUCGAAACUAACAAGUAUACUGUUUACGAGGCGCUCUCCGAAGUGGAACUAUGAGGCGUCACAGUUUCUAUUAAACAUCAUAAAUGAAUCUCCUGGAGAAUGGUGCGGCCAGCAUUUGCGCGACAACCAAAUAAGAGAAUUAAUCGAGCACAAUAUAUGCCUCGCCAAAUCCAUCGAGGACCAUGUGCUGUGCCUUCAGUCUCGGAUGGAGCUUCAGCUCGAUGUGUUGUACAGUUUCGUGGCCCAGUCGGAUAAUCGACUCAACGCACGCCUCGCCGCAUCGACGGGGAGGGACAGUACUUCCAUGAAGAUCUUAGCAUUUAUCACGACUAUAUUUCUUCCGGGAACAUUUAUCGCGACUUUGUUCUCCAUGGACAUGUUUGACUGGAAAAGCGUCCCUUCCGAUGGCAGCUCAGCAGUGUCAUCUCAAUUUUGGAUCUAUUGGGCAACAGCAGUCCCGCUCACAGCAGUGACUCUCGGAGGCUGGGCACUCUGGUGGAACUUUGAGAAGCACAGGUAUGAUGUACAUAUAAAGGGGGCGGUGCAUAGAGCAGACAGGCCCUACAAGUCGUGGUGGCGGAAAAGGUGA